AUGGCGGCGUGCUUCUACUCGAUCCGCGACCGCCUCGACUACACCGCGAGCAUGCUCCGCGUGUCGGCCAAGGGCCUGAACGACAACACCCCCCUCGUGUGGUUCGCCAUCCUGACGAACGUCGUCCUCGGCGUCGCCAGCAUCCCGGGCUUCGCGCUCAUGGCCGUGGCGUACAUGAACGGCCACGUCGUGCCCGUCGAGGGCCGCGUCGAGCAGGACGGGAUCUGCGUGGCGCCCCCCAGCGACGACGGCCCCGCGAGCGGCCUCCUCGGCAAGCACGCCCACGACGACCCGAGCCCUGACGCCCGCGAGCUGGCGCUCGCCAUGGGCUUGACGCAUGCGGGGGCGCCCAGCGACUUGCGCAUCCUCAACCUGCGCUCGAACAACAUGACGGGGAGUAUCUCGGCGCUCGUGCUGGGCGAGGAGAUGUUCGAGAUCGACCUGCGCGACAACAGGCUCACCGGCACGAUCCCGGCGGCCCUCACGGCACAGGCGCACCUGCGCAUUCUCCGCCUGGACCGGAACGCCCUGUCAGGGCCCGUCCCGGAGCCGCUGACGCGCUGGGGCCUGCACGAGCUCGACAUCUCGAACAACCUGCUCGUCACGGGCACGUUCCCCGCGACGCUGCCGACGAUGCGCGGGCUGAGCGUCCUGCGCAUGGUCAACACGUCCCUCUUCGGGCAGCUCCCGGACAGCAUGGGCGACAUGCCGAAGCUCGAGGAGAUCAACGUGCGCUUCUCGCUGCUCACGCACAACCGCUCGGCCCCCAACUCGCGCGGCGAGCUGCUGCCGGAGUUUCUCACCUUUGGGACGGACAGCAUCGUGCUGCGAACCGAGCAGUACUUCGGGGGCGACGGGCCGCUGGAGUGCCCGGGAAUGCGGUGGGUCGGCCGCGGCAACACACCGCAGAUCAUCGAGAUCUCGUCCUUCUACACGCACUACCAGGGGUGCAGGUGCGGAGAGGGGUUCCGCAUGGCGUUCGUGCGCACGCUCGGCAACGAGAUCAUCCUCGCGCGGUGGAGCAUCGCGCGCAGCUCGCCGAUGCUCUCCGCGGACCGCGAGGCGUUCGAGCGGGACUUCUUGCCGGAGGUGCUGCCCAUCUGUGUGUCGGGACAGGCGGACAGGACCAACAUCCUGGUCGCGACGAUCGUGCCCGCGGUGGCGCUGGUCGCCAUCAUCGCCGGCGUCGCCUUCCUCGUCAUGCGCAAGUCGGUUGCGGCGGCCGUGAUGGACCGGCGCAAGCGUGCCGGGCCGCCGACGGGUCACCGAGAGGUGACGCUGGUGCUCACGGACGUGGAGGACUCGACCAAGCUGUGGGAGGACAUGCCCGAGGUCAUGGCCGCGGCGAACGCCAUGCACGACGCGAUCAUGCGCAGGAACCUCGGCCGGUGGUUUGGCUACGAGGUGACGACGGAGGGCGACUCGUUCCUGCUGGCGUUCCACGAGCCCGCGGACGCGGUGGGGUGGUGUCUGUCGGUGCAGCAAGAGCUGAUGGCCGCGGACUGGCCGGGCGAGCUCGGACGCGGCGUCCACGUCGGCGAGAGCAGCGACGACACCAUCGCUCGGGCGCGCAGCUUCCUGCACCCACUCGUGUCACGCAAAAUCGACCAGGACGUCGCGGGGGCGUCGCUGGCCGAGGUCAGCGGCGCGCGGACGGAGGCCGGAGAUCGCGUCUCGGCUGCGGGAGCCGCGCAGGCCGAGGGCAGGACUGUGGCUGCGUCACGGCACACCGUCGCCGAGGUGGGGGUCGAGCACGUGGCUGCGCACCGGCCCGGCGUCGCCGACGGGACGAGAACCGAGGCAGCCGCGGCCGAAGCCGAUCUUGGCGAGGGCGGCCCGCACGUGUUCCGCGGACUGCUGGUGAGGAUGGGCGUCGCCACGGCGAACGCCACGCGCUCCAAGACGCACAAGGUGACCCGACGCGUCGAGUACGAGGGGCCGGUCAUGGACCUCGUCAACGCCAUCCAGGACGUGGCGCACGGCGGCCAGGUGCUGUUGUGCGAGCGCACGUUGGAACUGCUCGCGCGCGGCCCGAUCACCGACCUAUACAAGAGAGUUAUGGGGCUCAAGCCGGCGAAGAAGCUGACGGCGCUGCUGAAUCAGAUCCAGUUUGGGUUGCCGGCGCCCCUGUCGCGCUGGAACACGCUUGCGCCGAACGGCACGGCCAAGAGCGGCGCCCUGACGUACAUGAAGACUUUCAUGCCCGUCAGCCGCGACGGAGGCCGGACUCCGCCUACCCUCGGAGUGUCUCGAAUCACUGAGGACGGCAUACAGGCAAUGGGCGCGCAAGCCGCCGACCCAGCCCCGCAGGCCAAGGCAUCCAGAUCGCGCGUGCAGUUCCAGCUGACGUCUAAUUCCUCGCGGCUCAUCGCGUCAAGUCAGCACGGUGCUGCGAGCAUCCACCGCACGGCGCCCGACGGCGUGCUGUGGGCACGCAACACCGACGACGGCGACGAGCGGACCAAGAGCCAGUCGCGCGACCGACACGGCGAGGUCAUCGUGCUGGACAUGGGCGAGCAGAGCCUGGGCAAGAAGGGCGCCACGCACGUCUUCCAGGUCCUCGUGCCCAUGCUGGAGGAGCGCGCCAGGCUGUUCCCGCCGGUGGAGGCGCCCGUGACGCCCACGUACUUCCACGCGCCCGGCGCUCUCGCGCCGCUGCUGCCGCACCUGUCGAUGUGCCCGCACAAGACGGCGUACAUCGACUGCAGCAGCUGCUGGGAGAUGGCGUCGCUCCCCAACGUCACCAUCGUCUUCUGCGCGCCGUGCGACAUGGACGACGUCAUGCAGCUAGGAAGCGCGAAGGAGAAGGUCGUCGCGCUGUACAAGGGCGCCGUGCGGUACACGCUGCCGCGGUUCAACGGCUACGAGUGCCAGGAGCUCAACGGCGCGUUCAUGAUCGCCUUUACGCACCUCUGGCAGGCCUACCUGUGGGCGGCGUCGUUCCACGCGCUCCUGCCGACGAUGCCGUGGCCCGCGAGGAUGAUGCGUGCCCGGGCGUUCGCGCCGAGCUGCGACGAGAACGGCCGCUUCGUUGACGGGGGCCUGCGCGUCCGCAUUGGCGUGUGCGAAGGCAAGCCCCUGCGGGUCAUGCCGCACCCGGCGACGGGGCGCGCGGACUACUUCGGGCCGCUGGUGAACCGCGCAGCUCGGCUGUGCUUCGCUGCCGCCCGGCCCGGGCAGACAACGGGCCCCGUGGAGCAGAUGGGCAAGGCGGUGGCGCAGAUGGGCAGCCAGCGCGACACGGGCGGGUUCUUCAAGCUGGACUCCGAGUCGCCGACGGGCACGGCCUGGGGGUCCAUGCGUGCCAGCGUCACGGACCUGCCGCCGCCGUCGGAGCUGCAGAGAGCAGCACCUGCCAACACGCUGGCAGCGGACAUGCUCACGCCCCGCCCUUCGGCCAUGCUGCCGCGCUCCCUGUCGAUGGCGCGCAAGGUGCACACCAAGGCUACUCCGGGCAAGCCCAUGCGCGCGAUGAUGGCGAGCAUGUUCGAAGUGCACGCUGACAGCUCGUUGCUGUGGAUGUGUGGCACGGAGCUGUCGCAGAUGCUGGCAAGUCUGCCAGUCAACCAGAAUGGCGUACGUGGGCUGCGCCUCAGCGUGACAGAUAAGGAUUCACUCGCGGCGCACCUGCCCCCGGUGCAAACUGGAGAGAGUGCUGCUGCCGGGUACAGCAGCCCGCGCGUGUUCCGCCCGAGCAGGUUCCUGGAGUCCGGCGCGCCAGUGGACCGCGAAGCGGUGCCCGUAUCAUCAGCGGUCGAGGCGCAGGACACGGCCAGUCUGCCACGUGGCCCGCCGGUGCUCCACACGUCGGGGGACGACCGACUGGAGCGUCAGCGCACGCUCGCGAAAGCCAUGCGCCUGUUAAGCAUCCCGCGCAAUCGCGAAGGCGAGCGCGGGUCGGCCGCGUCUGGGCACGAAGAAGGGCGUUCGGUGCCAGGCCUGCAGCCAGGGUGCCACGAUGCAGGCAUAGACGCGCUGCGCCUCGGGGUCGCCGAGUCGACCGCGGAGGCCCUCACGGUGCGCAAGAGCUUUGCAAUCGGGCGAUUCCAGGAGGCCGUGCAGCGCGUGCGCAGCCAGCGCCGGUCGGGUCGCACCUCGACCAACGUGGUCCAAGAGAGGCGACGGGCCACCAAGGACGAGCCGCGCCACAAGCAGGUCGCGCACGAGCCGACGUGGAUCGAGGCGCUCGUGCGGGCCAGGGUCGAUCACGUGGGCCGGUUCCGGCUCAAGGGCGUCCAGGGGGAGUUCGAGGUGGGGUGUUUUGCGACUGGCACCCGCAGGCACCCCGUUCCGGCCGCGCCCGACCCUGGCUCGCCAGGCAAGAAGGCGACGCUGCUCGCUCCGCCGCGCGGCCUCAUCGUCAAGCUGCAGCUGCACCUCCCAGUCGCUUCCUUCUCUGAACUCCCCCCCUCGCACUGCGGCGCCGAAGUCGGCAGCGACGACUGCGCGAGCCCGUCGGCUGUCGCGAGCGGCCCCAUGCCCUCGACGCCCGGACGUGGCGCUCAGGUCCCGUUCCCCCUCGACGAGUCGCACGGCCCUUCGGGCCUGGCGACCCUCGCGUCGCUGCGGCCGUUCGGUUGA